ACAACAACUCCUCCUGUCCCUCUCUGAGACCCAUACCCACACACACGCACCUUUUCUUUCUUGCUCAGCGCUAGUAACAGUUACAAAACUGAGUACCCCUCCAUAAUCAGAACUCCCUCCCUCCCUCCUACAACAUGGACAUCAACCAAGUGUUGGAGGGGACCCUCUCCGCAGAUGCCAACAUCCGUCAGGCUGCUGAGCAGCAGCUCACCCAGGCCGCCGAAGCCGACUUCCCUCAAUACCUCACCAUCCUCGGCACCGAGCUCGCAAACGACGGUGCCCAGCCUCACAUUCGAACCGCUGCCGGUCUCGCCCUCAAGAACGCAUUCACUGCACGCGAAUAUUCCAGGUUACGCGAGGUCCAGGACCGAUGGUUGAACCUCGACACCGAGAUUAAGUCAAAUGUCAAGGCUCUUGGUCUCCGCACGUUGGCUUCGGCGGACUCCCGCGCCGGACAGUCGGCUGCCCAGUUCAUUGCCUCUAUUGCAGCCAUCGAGAUACCCCGCCAACAAUGGCCGGAGCUUAUGCCCACGCUUGUGGAGAACGUGGGACAAGGAGCGGACCACCAAAAACAGGCCUCUUUGACCACAAUAGGCUUCAUCUGCGAUACUGACGACGUCGAGCUCAGGGACGCUCUGGCACACCAUUCCAACGCUAUUCUCACGGCCGUUGUCCAGGGUGCCCGCAAGGAGGAGACCAACAAUGACGUCCGAUUCGCCGCCAUUUCCGCCCUCAGCGACUCCAUCGAGUUCGUCCGGUCCAACUUUGACAACGAGGGAGAGCGCAACUACAUCAUGCAGGUCAUUUGCGAGGCUACGCAGGCGGACGACAAUCGCAUCCAGCAGGGAGCUUACGGCUGUUUGAACAGGAUCAUGGGCUUGUACUAUGACAAGAUGCGUUUCUACAUGGAGAAGGCACUCUUCGGUUUGACCAUUCAGGGCAUGAAGAGUGACGAAGAGGAUGUUGCCAAGCUUGCUGUAGAGUUCUGGUGCACCGUUUGCGAGGAGGAAAUCUCCAUUGAGGACGACAACGCUCAGGCCCACGACGAGGGUUCCACGGAGUUGAGGCAAUAUCAUAACUUUGCUCGCGUAGCCACCCAGGAGGUCAUUCCCGUCCUCCUUGAACUCCUUGCUAAGCAGGAUGAGGAUGCCGACGACAACGAGUACAACACAUCCCGCGCCGCAUACCAAUGUCUUCACCUCUGGGCACAGUGCGUCGGUUCGGCUGUCGUGCCCGCGGUCCUCAGUUUCGUCGAGAAGCACAUCCGCUCCGAAGACUGGCAUUUCCGUGAUGCUUCCGUCUCGGCCUUCGGUGCCAUUAUGGAGGGCCCCGAGGAGCAGGUUUUGGAUCCCAUCGUCAAGCAGGCUCUGCCCGUCUUGAUCGCGAUGAUGGAUGACCAGGUCGUUCACGUCAAGGACUCCGCAGCGUACGCCCUCGGACGCAUUACCGAGGCGGUUCCCCACGCCCUGGACGAGCAGCAGCAUCUCCCCACUCUCAUUGGAGCUCUUUUCAAUGGUCUGUCAAGCCACCCCAAGAUGGCUGCAUCUUGCUGCUGGGCAUUGAUGAACCUUGCCGAGAGGUUUGCCGGUGAGCCUGGCUGCCAGACAAACCCUCUGUCCGCCCACUUCCAGCAGAGCAUCACCCACCUCCUCCAGGUCACUGAGCGUGCCGAUGCGGAUAACCAGCUCAGGACCGCUGCCUACGAAGUGCUCAAUGCUUUCGUCACCAACUCCGCUGGAGACAGCGUCGCAAUGGUCGCUAGCUUGUCAAACGUCAUCCUUGAACGAUUAGAGAAAUCCAUCGCCCUUCAAUCCCAGGUUGUCAGCGUUGAGGACAAGUUGACAUUGGAGGAGAUGCAAACCAGCCUUGCUAGUGUUAUCAUGGCCAUUGUCCAGAGAUUGGAGGCUGAUAUCAAGCCGCAAGCCGACCGCAUCAUGCAGACCUUGCUCCAACUUCUCUCUGCUGUUGGUGCUAAGUCCAGUGUCCCUGACACCGUUUUCGCUGCCAUUGGCUCCAUUGCCACCGCUCUCGAGGAGGAUUUCCUCGUAUACAUGGAGGCCUUCAAGCCCUACCUUUUCAAUGCUCUCGGCAACCAGGAGGAACCUGGCCUUUGCUCCAUGGCGAUUGGUCUUGUUAGCGACAUCACUCGAUCUCUAGGAGAGAAGGUCCAGCCUUACUGCGAUGCCUUCAUGAACUACCUCCUCAACAACCUCAGGAGUUCGCAACUUGGCAACACGUUCAAGCCAUCUAUCCUCCAGUGCUUUGGUGACAUCGCACAGGCUAUCGGUGGUCACUUCGAGACAUACCUUGUCGUUGUUGCUCAAGUUCUUCAGCAGGCUGCCACUGUUUCGGUGAACAACGCAACCAGCUUUGAGAUGAUGGACUACGUCACUUCGCUCAGGGAAGGUAUCGUGGAUGCUUGGGAUGGUGCUAUCAUCGCCAUGAAGAUCAGCAACAAGACUCAACUUCUCGCCCCUUACGUCGAGUCUAUCUUCCACCUCCUGAACAUCAUCCACCAAGACCCUAACAGGACCGAGUCCCUGCUACGAUCUUCGUGCGGUGUGAUUGGUGAUCUCGCGGACGCAUUCCCUCAAGGUGAAUUCCGAGACUACUUCCGACAGGACUUCUUGACCACCAUGACGAGGGAGACCCGAGCCAACCAGGACUACCUCAACCGCACACGCGACACCGCCCGAUGGGCACGUGAGCAGAUCAAGCGCCAGAUUGGCGGCAACCAAGGCGUCAUGGCCUGAUCGUGACAUGGCUCGUCCACAUCCUCGGCGUCGUAUCAAGGCAAAGGAUCAGAUUCUAGUUUCGU